UACUCAUCCAGAAGAAGGAAUCUUGAUGUUGUGUUAAGUUUGCGAGUGUCCACCAUAAAGGUGUAGCUGUAACAGAUCAGCCAACACACACACACCAGUGCCUAAUGUCAGUCCCAUUAGAACCAGCAUCCGCGGCCAUCUGCACCAUGACUCAUUAGACUGUCAUUUCACGCCGUUUAUAGGCUGUGGUUGGACGCCUUGGCUUCAGCCUCACCCCGGGAUAUCAGACCUCCUCCUCUGGCAGUGUCCCCUGCGGGGUGUGGCUUGAGGACAGGGAUUGGAGAAUGCUGCUCGUAUCCCAACCCCCAACACUCCAUGCAUCAUUACAUUCCUACUCCCCCACCCUUCAACAUCAUCUUCCCCAGAGGUCUUGGCCUGUAACGAGAGGACGGGGUGGAGCAUCUGUUCCCCGAGCCACUCCUUUUAUCCGCUGGCCCUCCCUUUCAAUCAGUCUCUUUUCAUACCCCCUCUAGUCUCAAUCUCUGCUGUUACCACACACAUACACACACACACGUACUUCAGACAGACAGACAGACCGACCAUCUGAAUUGUGCCCCCCCCCUUCUCUGCAGUCUUUUGAUUAUUUGGUGAAGAGCAGAGAGACCGUAAACUGGAUCUGACCCCACCACACGCUCAGUACACCUCUGAGAUGCUCAGAAACCACCUGACAGGUAAUUUUCAACAUUCAGACAAACCAGUGCGUUAGGACGCCACACUCAUCAUCUCUUGGCAGCCCAUGCACAUGCAUGACACCAUGGGUAGUUCCCCCGAGGUGCUCUCGUGGACUUCCUGCCCCAGUCUGUUGGUGGGCAAGCUGAAGGAGGAGCUCAAACUCACUGUUGUUGGGGACGCUAUGAAGAAAUCAAACACACCCAACUCCCAACCCCAGCCUCCUCAGGCCCCUCCCUCUAAUUUACCUCCUCAGAUUAUCACAGACCUGGCCCCGCCGACACACCUGCCGGUUCCCCUGCAGACGCUGCAGACACUGCAGACACCUGGCCAGGAGGAAGACUCAGUGCUGGGGGGUUUAACUCCCCCUAACACAGCCUUGAGCGUGGACUCAACGCGGAGCGAGGGUGGGCACUUUGACAACAGCGUGCUCCAGCUACAGGAGCAGGAUCAUGAGGAGGCUGGGUCGCCAGCAUCCUGUGAGCACGGUGGGUGUGGCAGUGGAAUGGAGGAGCAGAUGGGAGAAGGGGACUGUCCCAUGGACCACAAUGGAGAGGGGAGGCAAGGUCACCCACAUCACCCUGAUGACAUCAAGCUGCACUUCCACAGAGCAGGGCCUGGGUCUGGCGGUUUCCUAGAGGGGCUGUUUGGCUGUCUUCGUCCAGUCUGGAACAUCAUAGGAAAGACUUACUCAACAGAAUACAAGCUACAACAGCAAGACAUGUGGGAGGUUCCAUUUGAGGAAAUCUCUGAGCUGCAGUGGCUGGGUAGCGGUGCACAGGGAGCCGUCUUUCUGGGCAAAUUCCGCUCUGAGGAGGUGGCCAUCAAGAAGGUCCGUGAGCAGAAGGAGACAGACAUUAAACACCUGCGAAAACUCAAGCAUCCCAAUAUCAUCAGCUUCAAGGGCGUGUGCACCCAGGCACCUUGUUACUGCAUCAUCAUGGAGUACUGUGCCCAGGGCCAGCUUUAUGAGGUCCUGAGGGCAGGGCGGAAAGUUACCCCCAGGCUGCUGGUGGACUGGGCCUCAGGCAUUGCCAGUGGCAUGAACUACCUACACCUCCACAAGAUCAUCCACAGAGAUCUCAAAUCUCCCAAUGUUUUGGUCACCCACAACGACUCUGUGAAAAUCUCUGACUUUGGAACAUCCAAAGAGCUCAGUGACAAAAGUACAAAGAUGUCAUUCGCUGGUACUGUGGCCUGGAUGGCACCAGAGGUGAUAAGAAAUGAGCCUGUGUCUGAAAAAGUAGACAUCUGGUCAUUUGGAGUGGUGUUAUGGGAACUGCUGACUGGAGAGAUUCCUUACAAAGACGUGGAUUCCUCCGCCAUCAUUUGGGGCGUUGGCAGCAACAGUCUUCACCUCCCUGUCCCCUCCACUUGCCCGGACGGUUUCAAAAUCCUCAUGAAACAAACAUGGCAAGGCAAGCCCAGGAACAGACCAUCUUUUCGUCAGAUCCUCCUACACCUUGACAUUGCCUCUGCGGAUGUUCUAGGAGCUCCUCAGGAGACAUACUUCAAGUCUCAGGCUGAAUGGAGAGAGGAGGUGAAGAAACAUUUUGAGAAGAUCAAAAGCGAAGGCACCUGUAUCCACAGGCUUGACGAAGAGCUGAUCAGGCGCAGACGGGAUGAACUCAGGCAUGCACUGGAUAUCCGGGAGCACUAUGAGAGGAAACUGGAGCGGGCCAACAACCUCUACAUGGAGCUGAGUGCCAUCAUGCUGCAGCUGGAGGUCCGAGAGAAGGAACUAAUGAAGAGAGAGCAGGCAGUGGAGAAGAAAUAUCCCGGCACCUACAAGCGUCACCUGGUCAGACCCAUUGUCAGGUCCAAUGCUGUAGAGAAGCUCAUCAAGAAGAAAGGAAGCAUUUCCCACAAAGCUGGGUUGCCUCCUACUAAAAGGCCAGACUUACUACGUUCUGAUGGCAUCCCCAGUGUUGACCCUCUCCCCUCCCCCUCGCCACUAUCUGCCAGUCCAAAGGUCUCCACACCUCCUGGAAAAGCCCGCUACCGAAGCAAGCCCCGUCACCGCCGCGCCAACAGCAAAGGGAGCCACAGCGAGUUCCCUGGUGUGCUGAAACUUGUUGCAGGGCCACUAGAAGACACCCAGUCACUCCAAGAGCAGCCCUACCACCAUCACCACCACCACCACCACCUCCCACCAACUGAGGGGCCCUUCCUCCCUUUGAAGGGCCGUGAAGAGGCCGUUGUCAACUGUGCCAACAACCUGCGCUACUUUGGCCCCGCAGCUGCUCUCCGUAGCCCUCAGACUGACCACCUGCAGCGUCGUGUUUCAGGCUCCAGCCCUGACCUCAUUUCCACCGCAGUGGAUGCAGACACACGUCAGCGGACUUCAUCCACCAGCUCCAAUCCCGUCCCAGGUGCAGGCGCUGGUUCGUUGUGUCCCUGCUGCCAGGCUCACCCUUUCCCUGGAUGCCUACACUGUCAAGAGACCCCUCCUGCAUCCAACCACCCAGAGCUGCCCCACUACUCACUGCUCAACACCCAAGAAGGCACCCAUUCUUCUUUAGGGGCUCCCAGCAAAGAUCCAGCUUCAGAUGGCGAGACCACAAAGAAGGCAGAGCCUCAGGAACAAGAGGGGUCCCAACUCACCCACACCCUGCCCACUGCACUGCCUCGCACUCUCAGACCUCUCAGGAAGGGUGGAGAUGAGUCAUCUGAAGAGGAAGAGGGGGAGGUGGACAGUGAAGUGGAGUUUCCAAGGAGACAGAGACCUCAUCGCUGUAUGAGCAGCUUCCAGUCUUACUCCACCUUCAGCUCAGAGAACCUGUCUGUGUCUGACGGAGAGGAGGGGAACACCAGCGACCACUCCCAUAGCGGGCCCCUGGAGAGGAUGAGCGCCAGCCAGGAGGAGCACCUGGAUGAGCUGCUGUCACACACACCAGACAUCCCCAUCGACAUCUCCACCCAGUCAGAUGGCCUGUCCGACAAGGAGUGCGCUGUCCGCAGGGUCAAGACCCAGAUCUCCCUGGGCAAACUGUGCUCUGACGAACACAGCUACGAGAAUCCGCUACAGUUUGGGGACUCAGACUGCGAUACAUCAGAAGCAGAGUGCUCCGACGCCACCAUUAGAAACAAAAAAGUCAGUGCUCCUUCCACAUGGUGAAUCCACCCGCAGAGCUCUGUUCCGUUUUUGCCUCGAGGCCACCGUGUCCCACUCUGCCCUGCAGAAAAUAGCAAUAAAGAGGACAACAAAGCUCCCUAUAGCAAAGCCCCAUGCAAUCUCUCCCAGAACCUCCCCCUGCCCCUCCCCUUGUAAACCUCCCCUCAUCUCUAGCACAGCAUCCAGGCAACCCAUGGCAGGGAUUCCCUUUUGAAUGAUAAUGUACAGUAGAUAUUGUAACAUUCAUAAUUUAUUUUUGUCUGAGUUUUGAAGGAAAAUUCAGGACAUCUGUAAAUUCUCUGAUCCAAACAGAAUGGAGAGAGAGAGAAGAAAAGACUAUAAAAGACACAUUUUGAAACUGAGCAUGGGCUAAGUGUUUGUUAGGGAGAGACUGAGACUGGACGAAGAUGCAGGUGAUGAUGAUGAUGAUGAUGAUGAUGAUGAUGAUGAUGAUGAUACGAAGUUUGAGGCAGACAGCUAGCAGACAGGAGUCACAUCACUGCAAUUGUUGGCCUCUCAGGUGACUGACCCCAGACUAUGAGAAUCACUACAAGCCUUUAUCUGGCUGCGGUCACUCUCUGCAUCUUAUUGAUUUAGACUGAAAAACCCAACCAACAAGCACUCUCUCUUACUACAGUAUGACCAACCUACUUUAUCAUGAGUGCAGAGCCCCAGUCCCCUGCCUCACCUGCCCCACCUCAAACCCAUCCCCACAAUGGCGGGCGGGGAACUCAGAGCUCAUGAAAACAGUGUGAACACCAGCAUGAACAACCUGCCUUGCAACCUGACUCCCUCCCCAACACCACCACACGUGUCUAGUCAUCAGGACCUUUGCUGAACUGUCCUCGCAUGCCUGCACAGCUUGCAAAAUGCAAAAGCUGCCAGAAGACUGCAUGAAGUGGACAAGCUUAGCAGAGUGAACAGAGAUGAAGACUCAGCUGACAGCUAAGGAACAAUUUAAUUAAAAAAAGAGACUCUUUCUCUGUGAUCCAGCUUGUCCUUCUCUCCAAGACAUCAUUGUCAUCAUCAAUCAGAUGUCAUGACCACAGGUGUUGAGGGACUUAUCAGUGUGUGUGUGUGCGUGUGUGUUUGAGAGAGAGAGAGAGAGAGAGAGAGAGAGAGAGAGAGUACACAAAGCCCCUUCCUCUCCAUUAGACAUUACAGUUACAAGUCUCAUCUCAGGAUUGUAUGCGGACUGUAAGAAACUGGACUGGACCAAUUAUUGUAUGUUGGAAUGUUCUUUGAGUGGCACAUAUUACGGACCGUGCAGGAAUAUUUAAAGGUCUUAUGAAUAGCCUUGAUGUUCAACCCUUUAUUGCUGUAACGAACAUUAAUAUUACUUAGAGACGUAGAGUGUUUUAGUUGCGCUCCAGGUGCAGUAUCCCAUUUCUUAAAGUCACUCGGUGCAGUAUCUCAUGUACCAUUUUCUAGCAGGGUAAUUUAUAUUGUCUUCGUGAGGUGUGGCACUGUGUAGAUGUCCAAAAAUGCUAAGUGUGUCCUGUGCAAAACAGCAAUAACAUAGGUUGGGUGAGAAGAUGUUGUUCACUCAGGAUCCGGAGCGUCUAGCUGGCUAGACACAACACAGUGACUGGUGGCUAGUGGAGAGCAACAACAGCUUAUAGAUCCUAUAUUCUUUAUUAGUCCCAGUUUUUUUGAACUUGCCUUUCCAGAAUUUGAUGCUCAGGUUUUGUGUUGCUGAUUGAGAACAGGAGCAAUAUAUCAACAGCCACUUGGUGGCAACAGUUACAAUUACUUACAUUACCUUGUGUUAUGUAAAUGUCCUGGCUCCACUCCUUUUUCUACUCAAGGCAGAGCAUCCAAAUGCUAGAAGCCCAGCAAUAUUACUUCUUUUUUUUUUGUCUUGAUGUCUUUGAAAACGAGAUACUGCAUCUGUGAGAGCUUUAUUUUUACCCCUGUUUGAGUGUUUGUCAUUCACCUUAAUGAUUUUGCGGAUGAGAAAUAGCGAGGCAAGGUUAAAUUUAACGACAAUGAUGUCAAGAUGUCAGCUCAAGUGUAUGCAGAAGGCUGAGAUUCUUAAAUAUGGAAUAUAAGCCAGAGAUAAGGCCACAGAGCAUUAAGCUGCUCUUGGUUUUCAACAACCUCAUCUCAGUGUUAGUUGCUCCUGUGUAUAUAAACAUCUGUAAAUGUAAUGUGAUCUGUUUUUUUCUGUCCUUUCUCUUUAAUGUAUCACACAGCUCUGACAAAGCUUAGGGAUUCUGUCACUGAUGACCAGCCGACUGGUUGAAAAUGAGCAGGAAAAUUCUUGGAAGUGUAUUACAUCAGUAUUGAACACUGCAGGAGGGAAUGUGUCAUAUAAACCCAGUAUCACAAGGUGAAUCUAAAACUGUACUGAUGGAUAAUUACCUUUUGCUUGAAAGCUUUGGAAAGGCUUGGUACUGCUGCCUUUCCUUGAGCCUCCUUCAACCUUCUUCACUCUGUUUACGUUUGUGUGACAUAACCUUUAGUGUAUUGAAAUUAUCCGAUCAAGCUGUUUAAAUAACAUUGUCUUUCUGGCAUAUAUGCUGUGAAGUAUGAUUGUUGUUAAGUUUUUAAUUUAAUUUUGAUUAUUUUUUUUUGUUUUUUUCUUUGUAGCUGGCCUACAUGAUUAUUGAAUUAAUUUAUUAUGAAUGACUGGUAAGGUGUAGUGUUCUUUUUAAUUUCAGGCAGCUUUAGAAAAGUCAUGAUCUAUGAUUUCUCCU